CCACCACUAACCCAAACACCACCCACCCACAAUGGUGUCUUUUAAAAUGACACCCAUUUUUCAUUUUAUGAUAAUAUUAGUAUUUUUAUGUGUAACAAAUGUGUCUUGUGCAAAAUCUAGUACAACUCCGGUCGCACCACCCACCAAGAUUGGCAAUGGCUACCGCUUAGUGUCACUACAAGAGUCAUCGGAUGGUGGGCUCGUGGGUCACCUUGAGGUUAACCAGAAAAACAAUGUUUAUGGGCCUGAUAUCCCUCUCUUGCAGCUGUACAUCAAGCAUGAAACAGAUGAACGUUUGAGAGUUCACAUAAGCGAUGCACAACAACAACGUUGGGAAGUGCCAUACAACCUUUUACCAAGAGACCAGCCACCGCCGUUAUCCCAGCCCAUCCACGGGUCACCCCAAAACCCGAUCACAGUGUCCGAAUACUCAGCCGGGGAGCUAACAUUCAGCUACAUUUCCAACCCGUUCUCAUUCGCCAUAAAAAGAAAAUCAAACGGCGAUACACUUUUCAACUCAAAUUACAAUGCACUGGUCUUUAAAGACCAGUACUUGGAAAUAUCAACGCAUUUACCAAAAAAUGCGUCAUUAUAUGGGCUGGGUGAAAACUCCCAGCCCCACGGGAUAAAACUGUAUCCAAAUGACCCGUACACAUUAUGGACUACGGAUCAAUCCGCUAUUAAUCUAAAUAUGGAUCUUUAUGGGUCACACCCGGUUUAUAUGGACUUAAGAAAUGAUGGUGAAAAGGCUAAUGCACAUGGGGUUUUAUUGUUAAAUAGUAAUGGAAUGGAUGUUUUUUACACCGGUCAUUCUUUGACUUAUAAAGUCAUUGGGGGCAUUUUUGACUUUUACUUCUUUUCGGGCCCAACACCGUUAGCAGUUGUGGAUCAAUAUACCCAGCUUAUUGGUCGGCCUGCUCCUAUGCCAUACUGGUCCCUUGGAUUUCAUCAAUGUAGAUGGGGGUACCACAAUCUUUCUGUGGUCGAAGACGUAGUCGAGAAUUACAACAAGGCCAACAUCCCUCUAGACGUUAUUUGGAACGAUGACGAUCACAUGGAUGGUCACAAGGAUUUCACUCUCAACCCGACUGCUUACCCUCAGCCCAAACUGUUUGAUUUUUUGAAGAGGAUACACGCCCGUGGUAUGAAGUACAUUGUCUUAAUAGACCCUGGAAUCGGCGUAAAUUCAACUUACGGGGUUUACCAACGAGCCAUUGCUAAAGAUGUUUUCAUAAAAUAUGAGGGCAAGCCUUAUUUAGCCCAGGUAUGGCCCGGGGCUGUUAACUUCCCUGAUUUCCUUAACCCUGCCACUGUUGAUUGGUGGGGUGAUGAAAUCCGGAGGUUUCAUGAAAUGGUCCCUGUUGACGGGCUAUGGAUUGAUAUGAAUGAGGCUUCAAAUUUUUGUUCGGGCUUGUGCACACUCCCUAAAGGGCAAUGCCCAACUGGAACUGGUCCGGGUUGGAUAUGUUGUUUGGAUUGCAAGAAUAUAACCAGCACAAAAUGGGAUGAUCCGCCGUAUAAGAUAAAUGCAUCUGGUACACAGGUUCCUAUUGGGUACAAGACUAUAGCUACAAGUGCGGUUCAUUAUAAUGGUGUUAAAGAGUAUGAUGCUCACAGUAUGUAUGGGUUUUCUCAUGCUAUUGCAACUCAUAAGGCCCUUGAAGCACUUGAAGGGAAACGCCCAUUUAUUUUGUCGCGGUCCACUUUUGUUGGGUCGGGUCAUUACACGGCUCAUUGGACCGGUGACAACCAAGGAACAUGGAAUGAUAUCAAGUACUCAAUAUACACAAUGUUGAAUUUUGGUAUUUUUGGGAUUCCAAUGGUCGGGUCAGAUAUAUGCGGGUUUUACCCACAACCAACAGAAGAACUCUGCAAUCGUUGGAUUGAAUUGGGUGCAUUUUACCCGUUUUCAAGAGACCAUGCAAAUUACUAUUCUCCAAGGCAAGAGCUUUAUCAAUGGGAAACAGUAGCAACAUCAGCUCGUAAUGCUUUAGGUAUGCGGUAUAAGCUACUACCUUACUUGUACACUUUGAUGUAUGAGGCACACACCACGGGUGCACCUAUCGCACGACCUCUCUUUUUCUCGUUCUCAAACAUCCCAGAAUUGUACGGGUUAAGCACACAGUUUUUGCUAGGUGACAGUCUAAUGGUGUCACCAGUUCUUGAUCAGGGUCGAACAAAUGUGUCAGCCGUGUUUCCUCCUGGAACAUGGUACAGUCUGUUUGACCCGAGUCACGCAAUCAUUUCAAAAGGAACCCAAACGUUCGUCCUAGAUGCCCCAUUACACGUGAUAAACGUCCAUUUAUAUCAAAACACCAUUUUACCAAUGCAAAGGGGAGGUAUGAUAUCAAAAGAAGCAAGAAUGACCCCAUUCACCCUCAUAGUAACCUUCCCAGUUGGGGCAACAGAUGCACAAGCAACAGGAAAGUUGUACCUCGAUAACGACGAGCUUCCUGAAAUGAAACUCGGGAAUGGUCAGUCAACUUACGUUGACUUUACCGCGACUACUUCCAAACAAAUGGUAAAAGUGUGGUCAAAUGUUCAAGAGAGUAAGUUUGCACUUCAGCAGGGUUUGUUUAUAGAGAAAAUUACUGUAUUGGGCUCGGACGGAGUUGGGGGACAGUUUUCAGUUGAGGUCGAGGGUGAGUCAGACGUUUUGGAUGCAUCGAAAGUUGAGUUGGUUGAGACCGAGCACAAGUUUGAUGUGCUGCAAGCAGGUGACAGUAAGAAAAGUGUGAUGGUGGAAGUUGGAGGAUUGAGUAUACCAAUUGGGAAAAGAUUUACAAUGUCAUGGAGAAUGGGAGUUAGUUAAUUGUUAGGGUUUGUUUUGAAAUUUCUCAUUUCAUUUGGACCUUUUUAGUCUUUUAGAGUGUUGUUGUUGGCGAAUUUGACUGAAAGUGAGGAGCCAAAAUGAAAGUGCUUUCUCCUUUUGGAAUUUGGUGGAAUUAAUCCGUUUUUUACUUCUUUUUUAGAAUAUUAAAAAAUGCACAAGUAUUGUUUCACUA